AUGUCGAUAGAGCUACCUCCUCCCGCCGGCCUGCCUUCUUCUUCCCUCCCAUUUUUUUUUUCUUCUCUCCUCCGGCGCCCACAGCUCCCUCUAGCUCCCGCGCUCUCUCUCUCUCUCAGAGCUCUCCCGCGCUCUCUCUCUCUCAUCAGCUCCCUCUCCCGCGCUCUCUCUCUCUCUCUCGCUCUAUCUCUCUCCAGCUCACGUGACGCGCGUGCUCCGGCCAUCUCCAUCACUUCGCCGGCUGAAACUUCUCCGUCGUCGAUCAACUACCUCCAGCUCGAUCUCCUGCAGGUUACUAUGAGCCAUAGGGGGAAGAGAAGAGCACGCAGGGGCUCGUCUCUCAAGCGACAGCCUAUGUCGCUUGGGUCUCCGUCAGUCCACCUUGAUGAUAGCGAGCAACAAGACGUUGCUCAGCUUUUGGGUAUUCAGGACGGAUAUCGACCGGUACUUCCAGGCGAUAUGGAAGGGGAGAUCUCUCUCCAUAAUCCAUACGGUCGGGCAGGCAUGGCCCAGAUGGGGUAUCUGCCAGAGAGCCAGCUUGGACAGAGUAUGCAGGGACAUGUAGAGCACCUUGAUGAUAGCCAGCAUAGCGCAGGUCCCGACGACAGUGACACAUCGGCCGAGGAGGACUGUAUUGGUGCGACACAGGACACGGCUGACCCGCAGCCAACCGACCCUGCUCCCGGCGACCACUUACUCCCUCGGCAGGUCCGCACCAUAAGUACCGAUUCAGAGGGAAACGAAGUUAUUGAGGUGUUUACCAUCCGUGACUCGCACAGGUUGCCGGGAGUCCCGGCCGGCAAGCGGAUCAUUAUGGAGUACAAUGCUGCAUGCCAGCCCGUCGGCGUUAGUUCCAUGAGGUUUAAACGGAUGGCUGGAGAUAUCGUAAGGAGCUCCAAUUAUGUCCGAAUACCGGACGAUUGGUUAAAGGUACCGCAGCGUACCAAAGAGGAUAUUUGGGACGCCUUGAUGGCAUACUUUUUCGUCCCGCCCGAAUUCAAUUUGAAAGCCAUAAAGAAUGAAGCAUUCAAGGAUAUGGGAUCAAAGCUGCGGACUUGGAAGUACGAGCUUAAAAGACGCUGUGCAAUUACGGAGGAAGAUACUCCGGAUACUAUACGGGCAAGAGUGGGGGACAAAACACUUGACGAGUACAAUGCCGAAGACGUGGAGAUCUUAUUGGAGAGAGGGUGUACUCGUCAGAAUAAGGACUAUGCAAACAAAAUGAAGAGCUUGCGAGCAUUAAAUAAAGAGCCCCAUUGCACCGGAUCGAAGAGCUAUGCCAGAGCGACAGAUGAGGAGGCCAUACGUCUGGGCAAGUAUCCUACUCGUGCAGAGAGUAACAUCAGCACGCACACGAAGGCGGACAAAAGCUAUCCGAAUGAGAUAGUGGAAGAAAGAUGUAAAAGGAUGAAGGAGCUGAUACCCACCGACCCUGCAGCGUCGUCUAGCAUCACAGAGGGAACGGUCAAGUGGGCGCCAAACGACUCGUAUGCACAGGCGCUUGGAAAUAAGCCUGAGUACGCCAGUAGGGUUCGGCAGGCUGGAUCGAAUAUUUUUCCCAGCUCUUGA